AUGCCGGUCCACUAUGUGACAUACAAAGGCAUUAAGUUCCCCCAUGCCUACAACUCCGAGCACAGCUUGAGUUUCACCCACAAUGAGUUCCUGGUGCGGGAUGAUGAUGUCUUCAAUGUCACCUACCCCAAGUCUGGCACUGUGUGGAUGACCGAGAUCCUGAGCCUCAUUCACAGCCGUGGCUGCCCCAGCUGGAGCCGAACCGUCCUCAAUUCUGACCGCAUGCCCUGGUUCUCAACCCGUCUGGGUCUGGAGUCAGCCCUCAGCUACCCCCCACCCUGCCUACUGACCUGCCACCUCCCCAGACACAUCUUCCCCAAGUCCUUCUCCCAUUCCAGUGCCAAGGUUAUUUACACCCUACGGGAUCCUCAAGAUGUUGUUGUCUCCUACUACUACUUCUCCAAGAUGUGUAACAGCUAUGAGGAUCCCACAUCCUUCGAGCAGUUCCUGAGGGACUUUCUGAAUGGAGAGCAUGAGUGUGUGCCCCAUGGCUCCUGGUUCGAACAUGUCCGAGGCUGGAUGGAGAUGAAGGACGCAGAGAAUUUCUUCUUUAUCACCUAUGAAGAGCUGAAGCAGGACCUGCACAGCAGCGUGAGACGUCUCUGCCGGUUCCUGGGGCAGGAUUUAGACGAUGAUGCCAUCUCCUCAGUGGUGCAAAAUGCCUCCUUCAUGGCCAUGCAGGAGAACCCAAUGUGCAGCUCCAUCCUGCUCCCUGCAGACAUCAUGGACCAGACAAAGGGCCGGUUCCUGAGGAAGGGCAUCUGCGGGGACUGGAAGAACCACUUCACAGUGGCACAGAGCGAGACCUUUGACAGGAUCUACCAGGACAGGAUGCAGGGCCUGAAGAUGACCUUUCCUUGGGACAGGCAUUAG